UAAAAGGUAAUUACAUAUCAUAGUCAACAGAAGGCGCAAAACCCAGGUCCCUUUUGUCUGGUUCCAGAUUCACCAGCAGCUAGAGAGACAGGAGAGGCAUAAGAGACGGUUGAAGCGCUAUAUAUAUAUUGAGUAGUUUACCAAGUGGUUGAAGCCAUUGAAAAACCAAUUCGAGAGCUAGUAGCCCGCUGGGUUGAAUCUUAAUAAGUUAAUCCACCACAGAACCAAUCAUAUUACGUCUAUAAUAUACUGUGGAGCUUUGGACCUCGUUCUCUGAUCCUCCAUUUCGAAGGGAAUCUUUAGAAGCUUUACAAGCGAGAACUUUCGAAGGGAAUCUUCUCGUUCUAUAUCUACGGAGUAAACAACUUGGGAGUUCUGCAUCCCUAGUCUUUGCUCUUUCUCGGUAAACUUCCUAUGUCUCUAUUAUAUACGUAAUAGGUCUCGAUCAUCGACUGGUUCGACAACUAGCUAAGCUGCUGGAUCUAUAGAUCAAAAGUGGUUGGUGGGGCCCUAUCCAUAUCCGCGGGUUCAGUCGCUAGCACAUACUCUCUCUGAACCGGAAGUGGUAAAGAUUUCUUCUAUCCGGUUCCCAAGAGCCAGCAGAGGAGUUGGCAGUCGAUUGAAAGGGUAAACCUCUGUUCCACACACCAGGUCGAGAAGCGUGAAAUCGGUUGAAUGCCCUUUCCGUAGCCGGAGUAAUUGGACAUCAAGAGCAAUCAGCCUUUAUUCGCCGUCCCAUCCCACCCAACUAUUGAAUUCGAUUGUGAUUGAUGGGAUAAGAAGAGCCAGUUUCCUUCCCAUAUGCCGUUCAGUCGUUACUCUGCAGGGUCAUGAAUGAAUCAAAAAGCUAUCCGAAUCCUUCCCCUCCGUCCCAAUCCGAUCGAUGGUCCAGCUGCCAGACAUAAAGGUCAAGAUGAGAGUAGGACAAUGGAACUUCAUCCGGAAGAGUUUUACUUGUUGACAGUAUUGAAAUUUUUGGUUUGGGGUUUGAAAGAUCUUAUAUCACACAAGAAAAUUUGUUUCAAGAUGGAUAUUGAACCUAUGGUUGAAAGCUUUCUUAUGACAUAUUGUGUAUUUGGGGAUAAAAACAGGGUUGUGCAGAUCUUAGGAAUUUUUCUUAGCAAUGCUGUCAAAUUCACUCCAGAUGGGGGCAGGCCGGAGCUCAAAGUAAGGUGUGAAGAGGUUGUGGAGAGUGCAUCAAUUAACUUGUGGCAACAGACAUGUUUACAAUCAGUAGCAUCUUCACUUAAAUUGCAGCACUCUGCAAUGCUGCUUCAGGAUGAUGUAGGUAUAAAAUACAAGGUUGCUAAUGUUCUCCUUUCUGUCAAGGAUUUUGUUACAGAUGAAGGAGAAAAUACUAAAUUCCUGAAACAUUUAUCAACUAAUUUGCUUAAAAAUGAUAUUCAUAAAGUUUCAUUAUUGAAUUGAAAGUUUUGUACAUUUAGGUGCUGGUGACUGUUUUUCUCAUACUUAAAAGGGCAAUUUCCAUUUUCGAUGAUUCAACCCUCCAAAUAAAUUAUCCAAACUAUAUCUGAUUAUCUACAUAACCAUUACACCUCACCUCGUUGAAGUUGCAAGUGCUAGUUUAAUUUUAAAUAUUUAUAAAUUACCAUAAUUCAUUUUCAACUACAAUUAACAUAUCUGGUUCAUCUGUGCUUAAUCUGAUUAGGAUAAAGUAUAUUUUGUUUACAAUCAAUUUUCAUAAAUGGGCAUGGAAUAUGUCCUUCUAUUUGGUCAUUCCCUGAAGGACCUCAAAUUCCCAGACGUGUAAUGUGCAGAUUCAUUCCAUGGAGUUUGGAGUGCAUGUGCACCGUCCUCACAAAAGAACAGAUAAGAAAUUUGAGCGGUUUUGGGCAAUCCUCUUAGAGUUUCUUUUCCGGAUUCUUUCUUCACACACUUUGAUAACUUCUUUUACGGAUUUUAUGCUGUUUAGCUUAUUCGUUCUUAAUGUUCACACAAUGUAUUUGCUUUCUCAUACGGGACACGCACAGUGUAUUUGCUUAAGUAGUUUCUCAUCUGGUAGAAAAGCAAUCCAGGGAAUAUUAUUAAGUGAGAUACUCUGGAGUCAUGAGUAGCAACUAGCAAGUAUGGGAUUACUUGCAGGCGAAGAUUUUAGUGUUAUAAAUGGUAGGAUUCUCACUCUGAGAGAGUAUACUAGAUACGCUUGAGGCUUCUGUUAUUGAUAAAAUUUAGUGCAUUCGUCUAACCUAUUUUAUCAAGCCCAUUCUCAAUUCUCAGCUUUUACCAAUCAGAGAUGGCAUCUAUAGUUGGAGAAGCUGUAGCUGGAAAAGUUUGCGAGAUGGCUGUUGAGAUGGCUUUUCAACAGUUAUCUAAACAGAUAAGCCUUGUCAUAAACUUCCAGGAGGACUUUGAAUGGUUGAAGACCAAACUUAGAUUUAUGAAGGGCUUUCUCAACGAUGCCGACUAACAGUGCAGACAAAAGGAGACCGUGAAGCAAUGGGUGUAAGAUGUUCGAGACAUUGCCCUGCGUGCAGAGGACAUAUUUGAGUUAUGUACUGUACAACCUCUUUACACUAGCAGAUUUCUAUCUCUUUCGACUGAUAAUCCCUUGCUUUUUCGUUACAAAAUGACAAGAAAAAUCAGAAAGGUCAAACAUAGAAUCAACUCCCUUGCUGAGGAGGAAGGCAGUUAAAGAUAACUUAUGACGUUUUGUCUGGAGAAGAAGCAUCAAGCAGCACAUUCCAAAGAGUAGACUGGAAGAGAUCAAGUAUUGUGCCAGUUGAUUCACAUCCAGUGGGUAUAGGUAAGCUUGUUAGACAAGCCUGCAGUUUCUGUUAUAGCCGUCGUUGGAAUGGGCGGCCUAGGCAAGACUUACCUUCUGCAAAAUGUCUACAAUUUCACCAAAGACAGGUUUGAGAAAUCCAUCUGGCUUUCAAUUUCGCAGUCAUUUUCUAUUUCCAAGUUGCAACAUGACAUAGCAUCUCACUUAGAUAUAAAGGAUAAAAUUCAUGGAGUGUCAGAACAAAGAGCGGAGGAAUUGAUUAAUGCCCACUUGAAAGAAAAGAAAAUUCUCAUUGUUCUAGAUGAUGUAUGGAAGCCCGUAAAUGAGGACAAUUUCAUAGAGAGACUUGGUUUGACAAUUGGGCAUAACUUCAAACUUGUGAUCACAACUAGAAACAAAGAAGUUUGCAGAAAUGUGAAGGCAGAAAUUUAUGAGAUGGAAUGUUUGAGUGAAGAAGAAAGUUGGAAACUGUUUUGUAUUUAUGGGUUUCCAGAGUAUGAGGGAAACAGAGCACCUGAGCACCUUCUGGAUGUAGCUCGCAAGGUUGCAAAGGAAUGUGGAAACCUGCCCUUGGCCAUCAAGACAACUGCAGCAUCUCUUGCAGGCGCCACACUCCCCAGGGAACGGAAUUCCAAAUUAAGGUAGAUUAAAGAGGUAUCUGCUCUCAAUAAACCCAUGGAAGUCCUGAAAUUGAGCUAUGAUUGCUUGCCUGCACAUCUUAGGGCUUGUUUUUCUUAUCUCUCUUUCUUCCCCGAGGAUGAGGAAAUAGACUGUUACUACCUGGUAAAUCUUUGGAUAGGGGAAGGGUUCAUUCCAGACGGGGAAGACCAGUGGGAUAUUGCAUGAAAUUAUUUGUAUAAGCUUGCCCAUCUUUGUUUGGUUGAAGUCGUGGAAAAAGAAAGCAAAUCAAUAUUUGAAUGUGAAGAUGGAGUCAAGAAAUAUUGCAUAGUUCAUGAUUUGGCCGUGUAUAUAUCCAAAGAAAAUAAUUGUGCUUUUGAUAUUGAGAAGGCUUUCACAAAACCCGUUUUUAGGAAAAAUAGUGUUGAUUGGUGUAGAGUUUCGUUGCCCAAGAAAAGUAUAAGUGACAAUGUCAUGGCAGAAAUCCUUCCUGCAUCUUCUCCCAAAUUUCUCCGGACAUUAUCAUUUUAUAACAAUUACAUAGAGAAAAUUCCCUCAAUUUUUUUAAUGAAGAUGGAAGUACUGCGGGUUCUUGACUCGAGCAGUACAUGGAUCAGUACAUUGGCUGAUUGUGUAGGAGAUAUGAAGUUUCUCAGAGUUAUGAAUUUAUCGAGAAGAGGAAUUUCGGAGGUACCACGGUGUGUUAGAAGGUUGAAGAGUCUUUGCUUUGUCGAUGUUUCUGUUUGCCGCAGGCUAAAGAAGAUACCAAUGUGGAUAGGUGAACUGAAAUGUCUUCAGCAUAUCGAUCUACUGCAAGUGUGGAGGGAGCAGAUUUACAGUUUGCCACAGUGAAUCUCAAAUCUCACGUCUCUCGGGACGCUGAGAUCUCAGUGGUUGCGCCUCUCUGUCGAAAAUGAUGGAGAGUCGAUGUUAGAGGAUGUUGGUACAGUGGGUGCUGUCAAUAUUCCGCUGUUAGUCAAGAGGCUAGGUAACAUUUUAUUUGAAUUCAUCUUCCGCCCAAAUUGAAAUUUAAAACAUGCAAGUGAGCGGGAAAAAGGAAAAUAAAGCUUUUACUUUCCACAGGAGCUGCUAAAGGUCAAAUUCCAGAUGCAGGUGCUUUUCUGAGAGCAGAGAAAAACUGUUGGGUUGAAAUUAUGAGAUAGAGUAGAUAGAGCGAGGCUUCAUUGGUUUCAACAAUGUGAUGAACGAUGUUUCCGAACCUAAGUUUUUU